UUUGUACUGGUGGCGCUAGUAGUAGAAUUUGUUCGCUCGUUGCGUUGUUUCGCAGCUUAGCGCCUAGCUCGCUCGUUGUGGACGUUGUUUUUCGUGUAGUGUUUAUUUAGAUGGCUUUAUCUGGUUUAUAUUAGAGAUUAACAUAAUAUAUUUUAAAAUACCUUUGCAUUAAAAAUGUUUAAAAUUCAAACUCAAUUAUUGGCGUAAUUUUUAUGCAGUAGUGCAACAGGCGACUGAAAGUAGUUGAGGUAUCGUGUAAACAGAAGAGAACAUUGUGAUUACAAAAUGCCUACAGACUCUGAAUGUGAGUGCGACUUGGUGUCUAAGGAGUGGUUGUUAGCAAAACUGCGCUCCGACGAAAGGGACACAAUCCUAAUAGAUUGUCGAGGUUCUAAUGAGUAUUCGGUAUCUCAUAUAAGGUCCGCGGUGAACUUUUCUAUACCGACAAUAAUGCUGCGACGGUUAGCCGCUGGCAAGAUCGAACUGGCGUCAACGGUACAGUGCAAAGAGUUGAAAGCCAGGAUUGUACAUUGCCGGACACGAGGAAUCUUCGUUUUAUAUGGAGACGGUGGCCCCAGGGACGCGGACUCUGUUCAUGGCAUCUUAUUGAAAAGACUUAAGCAAGAUGGUGUUCAGGUUGUAUGUCUUGAAGGCGAAUUUGCGGAGUUCCACCGUUCAUAUCCAGAGUGGUGUAGUGAGGCUGGCGCGCAGCACGUUCCUCAUCUGCCACUCAUGGGGUUACGAUCACUUCGCAUCUCGGGUUCUGGCUGCGAGGAGGGCCUAUCGUCGGGCUCGUCGUCGGAGUGCGAGGAGGCGCACACCCAGACACAGCAGGAGUUCCCCAUCGAGAUCCUGCCCAAUCUGUACCUCGGCAACUCGACCAACAGCGAGGACUGCGACGCCCUCGCUAGGCACAAUAUAAAGUACGUACUGAACGUAACACCCGAUUUACCCAACACGUUCGAGGCAGAGGGGUGCGGCAUCAACUACUUGAAGAUACCUAUCGCUGACCACUGGAGCCAGAACCUCGCCGUUCACUUCCCACAAGCUAUACGGUUUAUCGAGGAGGCGAUGUCGGCGCGGUGCGGCGUGCUGGUGCACUGCGUGGCGGGCGUGUCGCGCUCGGUGACGGUGACGCUCGCGUACCUCAUGCAGCGCCACCGGCUCUGCCUGCGCGACGCCUUCGAGCUGGUGCGCAGCCGCAAGACGGACAUCGCGCCCAACUUCCACUUCAUGCGCCAGCUGCACUCGUUCGAGCGGGACCUGGGCCUCCACGAGCACAGCGCCAGCCUGAGUAAGGUGCUGGCGGAGCUGGGCGUGCGUGAGCUGGAGGCGCGCGGCGGCGAGGCGGCGGCGUGCGGCUGCGCGCCGCCGGCGGGCGUGUCGCCGGACUCGGGCAUCGAGUUCGACCGCUGGAGCGCCGCCCGCGACACGCCGCAAUGACAGUUCUUCACGCCGCCGCACCCGCGACACCACCCCCCCGCCUGAACCGCUCGCCCGCCGCUGCACCGCGACCUGCACCCUCCUAGCGGCGGAGCGUUUCGUUUAGGUCAUAACGUGUAGUCACUAAAUUGUACAAAAUCUUAUUAGACGCGGUUGCGAUUCGGGAACCCCCGAAUUGAAGGACGAUGGGAACGUUUGCGGUGACGCUAUCGCGAGAACGCCACGAGAGCUGAACGCUGUUCGACUGCGACUGACACUAGUGAACGGAUGUCGUAAGAUUAAUUUGUUUACUUGAUCUAUAUUUUAUUCAUCGAGCAUCAUUCAUUAUAUGACAGCGAGAAUAUUUGUAUGUAAAUUGUAAAGUUAUCGACGACGAGUACAAAAUUGUGUGGCGUUUUUCGUGUAGUGAAAGCGUGAACGUUCAGCCUUGGAUUUGUAACAAUAUUCCCUAUGAAUAAUUACUUCAUUUUAAUAUAAUAAUAUAGUACAAGUCAUUAGCAAGUUUAGGCGACAUUAAUAUAACGAGUACGUUAGCCGUGUAUAGGUUAGCACAUACAUUACUCGUAGAAGCGUCCCGCGAGCGAGCUAUGGGAAGCAAUAACUUUAGGAACAUUUUUUUGUGUGUGUGUACCAGUGAUUCAUUCGAUGAGCACAUUUGAUAAACAAUUAUAGUCGUUCCCGCACGCUGCGAAACCUUUUACACCCAUACAAACAUAUACAUAGCAUAGGUACUAUAGUGGUGCACUUACAUUAUAAUGGAGAUGGACGAACCGAGAUUGAUCUGUUUAUUAGUGCCACAAAAUAUAUUACAUAGGCGUAAGUGAAAUGGAAUGUGUGUAUAAGAUAUACGUUAUACAUAUUGUUUAAGUCAAUUUUAUAAGUUUGAUAUCAAUAUAAAUAUAUAUUAGAAUAUGGAUACACGUUUUGAAAUGCAUUCCCUAAUAUAUCUUCCAUUAAAGCUGUGCAUUUGUGUCCAUUCGAAUUUAUUUCAAGACUAUUUUUAUAUGAUAUAUUAUGAUUUGAUUUAUGAAUAAUUUAAUUUCAUGAAUUCAUGUAUCCAUACAAUUGUGUUGUCCAUAAUUGUUUUCUCCUCUGUGAGGGGAUGAGAAUAUAGCGCCUCCGCCCGCGUCGGCGGCCGAUAUUGUGUGCCACAUACAUUUAUAUUAUUAUACUUACAUUAUAUGUAUACACGAGUAUGAUUUACGGAAGCGGCAUUUAACAGAGCGUUGUUUGUUACAAAUUAUUAAUAGAUUAUGUAUAUUUUUCAUAGACGGUUCUAAUGAACGCAGGGCUUCUGAUGACUCUUCCAUUGUUGAAUAUUGUAUUGGUAUUAAUGUGCGAUUGUGCGUGUGAUAUAAAUACAUACGGUUAGAUAUAGUUCUACAUAAUAUAUUAUAAAUAAUGGACAGUGCACGGACCACUACUGCUGGUGCUUGUGGAGAUGUGAUCUAACAUACUUGCAUUUACUUUUCAGUUUAUAUAUAGAUACUGUGAACUAAUUUAAAAUUUAAUGUUCGAACAUCGAUCAUCAAUACUACUAGACGUCGGCGUCGGCACAGUAUCAUAAACAGUCGACCAAAUAGUACCUCACUUGCAACGUGAAUUCUUAUUUUGAAUUUGAAUUAAUUUGUUUAUUAUAGAAGUUUCUUUUAAAUAAUAUAAUCGGGCGAUGGUCUUUAGUUCUGUUUUAGUUAAUGAGACGUUAUCUAGUGAGUAUUGAUAAUCGAAGAUUAUAUAUAUAUAUAGUAAUAAAAAUUGACCAGGAGAUCUAAUAUUUAUUUUUGUACCUUUUGCAAUGUUUCCAUCUGUAUUUUAGUUAGAUACGCAAAUGGAAAACUAUGACUGGUCCGUUUUGUGUAGUGGAUGUUGGUGGAAUUAGUUUGUAAAAUUUAUAUAUUUGUUUUCUGUAACGUAUUGUUAAAUGUGUAUUUUUCUAUUAUUUACAAUUACAAUUAUUUACGGAAAAAUUACACAGUAAAGUGAACAAAAGCAUCGUUUUAUUGUUUAUUUACAAAUUAAUUAGAAUUAUAAACAUCACGUGUCGCACGGAGCAUACUGAAGAAAUUACAAAAAAUAUACAUAUUUGAUAAACUAUAUAGGUGUUUUACAAUGUGGCAGUAUGCGCGACGUUUGAACCAAAUUGUUUUUGUUUGUACAUACAAGUCUAAUGAAAUUAUUACAUCACUUUUGUAUAUAAUAAGUGACAGGCAAAUGUUAAGUAUGUUAAUUAAAUGAGAAUAUAGAAAUUGUUAUUGUACAUUUGUUGUAGAAUUAGGUAUGGUAUUCAUACGUAUCUAAUAAAUCCUUUAUAACAAAUGCUAUCAGCCAAUGUUGAAUAAAAAUUAUGUAAUUAUUGCACCGUUAUCAUUGGUCCUUGAAAACUACGAAGAGAAUUACCGAUGUUCCUAUGGAUAUUAUCGUAUUAUACCUACCGUGUACAAUAAUAGAGGAUGAAAAUUUUCCAUUUGCAAAAUGCAUAUGUGCACACAGCAGGUGUCAAACUAAGCUCCUAGUGACUAGUUUCUAAGUAGUAUAGUAACGAAAUGCAGUAGGUAUAAUUAACACAGCACUCGUGUGUAUAUACGUUCACUAUGCUAGGUUAGUCCAUCGUGUGGUCAAAAAUGUCUUAUAUAAUACUUUUGGCUUUUGAAUCCAGUCACUAGUCACUUAGCCAGUCGCCUGCAGUGCGCACAUACACCAAAGGAAGUAAUUAUGAUUUGAACAUUAACCAGUGCAUAAUAUGGAAUAUAACAAUGUGACCUGUGUAUUAUUUUUAUGUAGGCUUAUAUUCUUUAGUACCUACUGUUUAGCUGUACAAUUAGUGAUCAAUUCCGAUACUUACAAAUAACAUGAGAGUAGAAAAAAAUAUUUUUACAGAAAUUAUUACGAAAUAUACUUUUCCAUUAAUAAUGAGUUAGCACUUAUUCUAGCGCUGGCGGCGCUCACUGAUGGGAUGUCCUGGGGUUAAAUCAAAAAUACUGCUACUGCAUUAUUCAUAAAAACGUAAUAAUUUCUAUAGUAUUUCAUGUGUUUUGUCACUUUAAUUCAACUUAGAUUGUGGCUCGAAAUAAUGAAACACAUUUUAUUACAUAAUUCACGCUCUUAUGAAUAAGAUGGUUAAUAUUUAAUGUACAUUAUCAUAUUUAUAUUAUCCCGGCAUGUCUCAGUGUUGAGUCAUUUAUAUACUUUUUUAUAUUAUCAUAACCUAGAGGAUCAUAUAGGAUCAGGAUAUUAACGAUGUAGAUAAUACAGGACUCUGCAUGCCGUGGCAAUGUAAAUAUUUUGCCGCGUUGUCCGGUCGGUGAGCGCCAACCCCUUUAUAGCUAGUAUAAAUCAGAGCUACUAGUCUACAAUGAAACUGUAUUGUUUCAUACAAUUACUAUGUUGGAAGGCUUAGCGAAGUAAAGAGUACAUACUACGAUGCGUUUCUAUUUUUUUUAUAAACAAACUCAUACCCCAUCAUAAUCCAAGGAGCGAGACACCGAAAUCUCACCAGUAGCAAGCGGUAUGAAUGAAUUGUUUUCUAUACAUAUGAAAAUAGAAUUAUUUUACUUUUUAUUAAAUCGAUAUCACUUGUAUAAAUAUUAACUAUUUAGAGCAUUUGCAAAUUGUCCACAGGCCCGAAAUGUAUACUGAUUUAAAUAAACAUUUCUGAAUUAUGUAAUGUAAUAUACACUUCAGUUGCACCUAAAAUUUGUAUUUCUAGACGUAAUGUAAUAACUCUAUUAUUGUAGUGCACAAAUUAUAAACGUCGAAUGGACACAAUAGUGACUAAUCAGUAGUUAUUGUUGUGACAUCGGUGUUUAAAUUAAAUCACAUAAUAACGUAAUGUAAUUUGUAUAUAUUAUUAUCGUACGUAACAGCUCUGUUUAAAUGUAAUUAAAUACGUGUUAAACUGACGAUGUUGAUAAUGGUUUAGAAUCUUUUUAGUGCUUUUUCCUAAAGGUACCUAAAAGCCACAUGGCACACGUAAUAUUAACCUCAAAACAAAAUAUAAACACUGUUAAAUGA